GAAAAAACAAUAAUAUUCCACCAGUUCAGGUUAUGUUUUGUUUAAAAGAAAAAAAUGCAAAGAAAUUGAAUUCUCAUUGUUGGUCUUUCAAUGCUUUUGCUCCUCUUUUGAAACCAAAAAUUUGUAUUUUACUUGAUGUGGGCACCAAACCUUCACAUACUUCAAUUUACCACCUUUGGAAAGCUUUUGAUUGUGAUCCUCAUGUUGGUGGUGCUUGUGGAGAAAUAAGAGUAGACCUUGGUCGUAGAUGGAGAAAUCUUCUUAAUCCUUUAGUUGCGUCUCAAAAUUUUGAAUAUAAAAUGUCUAAUAUCUUAGACAAGCCCUUUGAAUCUGUUUUUG